AUGGUUGAUGAUGAAGAAUUAAGAAAACUACGUUUUAUUUUGAAUAGAAAAAGAGGAAAAAUUAGUUAUUAUUUAUCAUAUAUAUUUUACAAACUUUUUAGUCAUAUUUAUAAUAAAAAAAAUAAAAAAAGAGAAAGAUAUGUAAAUAUAAAUGGAAGAACUCUUCCGAAUUUUUUUUGUGAUAAUAAAAUAAGAAGUACAAAAUAUUCCAUUUUAACUUUUAUUCCUUUAUUUUUGUUUUAUCAAUUCUCGGACUUUUUAAAUUUGUUUUAUUUAUGUGUUUCUCUUUUACAAAUAAUACCAAUUUUUAAUACAGGUUAUGUAUUUACAUUUGUUGCACCACUUAUAUUUAUUAUUUUCAUCAGUUUAAUAAAUGAGGUCGUAGAUGACUUUAAAAGAUUUAUAAAAGAUUUAGAAAAUAAUAAUGAAAUUUAUUAUACAUUGGUUCAAAACGGGAAUUUGGAGAAAAUAUAUUCAAAAGAUAUAAAAGUUGGUGAUAUAAUCUUAAUUAAAUCAAAACAAAGAGUUCCUGCUGAUUGUAUUUUAUUAAAGAACUUAAAUAAGAAUGAAGAAUAUACAUUUAAAAACGAAGAAAAAAAAUCAUUUUGUAACAUAAAAUUAAAUAAAAACACCAAUGUAUAUAACAAAAUUAAUAAAAACUAUUACCAUUUUAAUAAAAAUAUUGAUAAUGAAUUAAUUGAUGAAAGAUAUAAUGAGACAAAUAAUAAUUACAGUGAAAAUAGUAAUAAUCUAUUAUUUAGUGAAAAUGAAAAAUCUCAAAAAGAAAUAAAACAAAAUGCAUAUUUUUUAAAUGAUGAAAAUGAGUCUAUCAAUAAAAAUGAUAUUAAUAAUGUAAAAUUUAAUAAUAAUUUUCAGAUUAAAAAAAAACAGAAGAGAAAAAAAAAAUCAAACAAAAAUUCAAAUAAGAAAAAUAAUAGCAAAUCUUCAAAUGAAACAGAAAAUUAUACCUAUGUGAAAACAGACAAAAUUGAUGGAGAAACAGAUUGGAAAAUUAAAUACCCUAUUAGUAUAUUUCAAAAUUUUAAAAAAUUAAAAGAUUUUUUUUCUGUUGAUAUAUUAUUUAUUUUAGAACAACCAAAAAAUGAUAUUUAUAAUAUUGAAGGUUCAUAUGUUGUAUUUAAAUAUAACCCAUAUGGUAAAUUUAAAACUAUUGAAAACGAUGGUGAUAAUGUAAAUAAUAAUCAAACAUUAAAUUACUCUUUUGAUUUAAUAGAAGAUGAAGAAGAAGAAGAAGAAGAUGAAGAAGACAAAGACGAAGACGAAGAAUAUGAAAAUGAAGAAGAUUAUGAUUAUGACGAAGAUAAUUUAUAUGAAUAUGAAGAAGGUAAAGAAAUGGAUAAUGAAAAAAAACAAAUGCUAGAAAAGGGGUACAUUGAUUUAGAAGAAACAAGAGAAAACGAUAUAGAUUAUAUUUAUAAUAAAAAAGAAAAAAAAAAUAAAGAAAUGGUAGUGUUUUCAGAUGUAGCAAAUGAAGUUGAUAAAAAUAUAAAUCUAGAAUGUUUUAAUACAGAAAAUAAAGAAAAAAAUAGUAACUAUGAAAAUCAAAGGAAUAUACGUACUGUUUAUAAUAGUAAAGACAAUUUCAAUUUUUAUAAUAUAAAUUAUAGAAAAAAAUUAAAUUAUGAUAAUUUUAUAUUAUUCAAUUCAGUUAUAACUAGUUCUGAUGUUAUAUGUUUAGUUAUAUAUACAGGAAGUGAUACAAGAGUAAAUAUGAGUACUCAAAUUAGCAAAAUUAAAAGAGGAACGAUUGAUAAAAAAUUAAAUUUGAUAACUUUUUGCCUUUUUAUUAUAUUAGCUAUAUUUUCUAUGUAUAUGUGUUCUAUUAAAUUAAAUAAUUUAUGGUACUUAAAUUUUAUUCGUUUUGUUUUAUUAUUUUCAUCAGUUAUCCCGAUAUCUUUAAGUGUUAAUUUAAAUAUAGCAAAAAUUUAUUAUACUUUAUUAAUUCAAAAAGAUAAAGAAAUAGAAACUACGAUUAUAAAAAAUAAUGCUAUAAUUGAAAACUUUGGUGAUAUUGAUUAUAUUUUUACUGAUAAAACCGGAACAUUAACGGAAAAUGUUAUGAUAUUAAAAGUCAUACAUACAGGAAUUGAUGUUAUAUAUGCAGAAAAUGAUAAAAAUAUGUCACAUGAUAGCAUAGAUAACAAAACAAAAGAAAGCUACACAAAAAAUAUUCUCUCAUAUAAUUUAGAUGUUCUUCAUAAUGAAGAAGAUAUCGAUGAUUCAGCAUUACAUUUAUCAUCAAAUUAUUCAAAAUAUGAUAAUCGAAAUAAAAAUUAUAAAAAUAAGGAACUUAUUUCUUUUAAUUAUGAAUUAAAGGAUAAAAAUCAAAAUGAUAUUGCAAAAUUAUCUCAUUUAAGUAAGAAAAUUAAUAAAAAUAAUAUUGGAGAUAUAGAAAACGAAAAUUAUUCUGAAUAUAAUAGAGAAAAUUACUCAUAUAUUAAUUACCGAGAUUCAAAUUUAAAAUAUUUAAAACAAAAUUAUGAAUUAAAUCAAACUAAUGUACCAAAAAGGAAAGAUACACUAAGUAAUAACAUUGCUACUAAACUUAAUAAAAAAAAAAAAGUAGAAAAAAUGGUUGAUGAAUUUUUAAAAUAUAAAACUGAUUUUAUAGAUUAUUAUGAUGAUAAUAUUGAUGAUAUAGAAUAUUUAAAAAGACAUAAAGUCUUUCAAACUUUUCUGUCAUUUCUUAUAUGCAAUAAUAUAAGAACAUUAACAAAAGAAAGUAACAAUAAAGAGAAAGAGGAAUUAAAAAGAAAAAAAGAAAAAAAAGAUAAAGAUCUUCAAAAAAAUCUUUAUUAUAUAUUAAAGGUUAAUCGGAAAAAUAAAAAUGAGGUGAAAAUGAGCAAAAAGGAAAAAACUUUAAGAAGUAAUGCAUUUGGAGAUAAAAAUAAUAAUUUUCCAUCAAAUAUUUCUGAAAAUUCAGAAAAUUUCUCCCAUUCAGAUGUAAGUUAUCAAUGCUCUUCACCAGAUGAAUUAGCAUUUUUAAAAUAUGCAACUAACUGUGGAUUUAUUUUAAAAAAAAAAACAGCCAAUAAAAUAGAAAUUAAAUAUAAAAAUGUUAUAUUAGAAUAUGAAAUAUUAUUGCACAUUCCUUUCUCAUCAGAAACCAAGAGAAUGAGUAUAUUUGUAAGAAAUUUGAAAAAUAGAAAAAUAUAUUUCUUCAUUAAAGGUGCAGAUAAUAUUUUAAUUAGGAAAUGUCAUGAAAAAUAUAAAACGUUUAUUUAUGAAGAAAGUGAUCAUUUAUCAAAUUUAGGUUUAAGAGUUUUAGUUCAUGGCAUUUUAAAUAUAGAAGAACAAUUUUUUCAAAAUUUUUUUAAUUUAUAUAAUAAGAAUAAAGAUAUUAAAGGAAAAAUGGAGAAUGUAUUAGAAUGUGUAGAACAAAAUAUUAAAGUUUUAGCUAUAACAGGAGUUGAAGAUAAAUUACAAAAAGGAGUUGGAAAAACUAUUGAAAUGCUUUACAAUAGUGGGAUAAAAGUAUGGGUUUUAACAGGAGAUAAAAUUGAAACUGCUAUAUGUAUUUGUAAAAAUGCUAAUAUAAAAAAAAAGAAAAAUAACAUUUAUAUUUUUAGACAUGAAAAUAUAAAUAGUACUGCAAGUUUAAUAAGAGAAUUUAAUUCAAUUUUAAGUAAUAUAGAAUCAUAUGUUUUGUUUUUUGAUAACAUUAUUAUACAAAACUGUAUCAAAUACAUUCCUAAUGCUUUUGUAGAUUUUGCAGUUAACGCUCGCGCGGUGGUUUGUUGUAGAUGUAGUCCUAUAGAAAAAAAAGAAAUUGCUGUUUUAAUAAAAACUAUUAAAAAAAAAAAAGUAUUAUGUAUAGGUGAUGGAGGUAAUGAUGUUGCUAUGAUUCAAUCAGCCGAUAUAGGGAUUGGAGUUUUGGGAAGAGAAGGAAAACAAGUAGUUCAUGAUAGUGAUAUUAUUGUUUCAAAGUUUAAAAAUAUAAAAAAAUUAAUUCUUUAUUAUGGAAAUAAUACUUUUUUACAAACAUCAUCUUUGUGCUCUUUUUUGAUCCACAGAGGAUUUAUUUUAACUUAUUUGCAAUUCAUUUAUAGUUAUAUUUUUUUCUGUAUACCUGUUUCUAUUUUUCAAGGUUGGUUGCAAAUUGGUUAUACAACAUAUUAUACAACAGCACCAUUUUUAUCAUUAUUACUAGAUAUAAAAAUAAAAAAAAAUUUAAUAUAUUUAUAUCCUGAAAUAUAUAAAAAUAAAAAACAUAAAAGGAAAUUAGAUUUGAAAUCCUUUUUUAUUAUUGUUUGGAUAUCUAUUUUUCAAGGGACUGUUGUUAUGUUAGGAGCCUUAAAGUUAUUUAAUGAUAAUUAUAAUAACCUCAUAAAUAUAUCUUUUUCAUCUUUAAUUGUUUUAGAAAUAAUGAAUAUACAUUUAGAAGUAGAAUCUUGGCAUCCAUUAAUGAUAUCCGCCAAUAUAUGCUCUUUUAUAGUUUAUAUUUUUUCUAUGUUUAUACUAAGAAAUUAUUUUGAUAUCAUGCAAAUUAUGUCCGUUAUAUUUUGGUAUAAAGUGAUUUUAAUUGUUCUUUUUGCUUGGUUGCCUUUUUAUAUUAUUAAAAAAAUAAAAAAUAUUAUAACUCCUUCUCAGUUUUUUAAACUUGCAUAA